CUUAUUUGACCCCUUGACACAAGUUCAGGAGGCAAAUUGUCCCAUUGUCCUUUCAAUAACAAGAAACCUCUGCAGUGUAAGCUUUUCAAUUCAAUUAAAGAAGAAGAAGAAGAAGAGGAGGAGAAAUGAAAGGAGUGAGUGUACAUGGAAGGAUUUUAUUAAGAAGAGCAUAUGAACCCAUUUAUGCUUUCUUUCAAUCCACUUCUUACUGCACAGAAGCCAAUUCAAGGGUCAAGAUUUUCGACCGCCACCUCAAACGCGUACAACGUGACCGAGCUGCAUGGUUGAUGCGUCCUAAUGAUUCUUUUGUCAAUGCUGUUGCUGAUAAUCUACUGGAUCGGUUAGAGGACUGCAAGAAAACCUUUCCAUCAGCAUUAUUUUUGGGAGGUUCCUUGGAUGCUAUUAGACGAUCCUUACGUGGCCGUGGGUCCAUUGAAAAGCUCAUUAUGAUGGAUACAUCCUACGACAUGAUUAAAUUAUGUAAAGAUGCACAUUAUGAUGCAAAUGAAAAUAUUGAAACAUCCUUUGUCGUUGGUGAUGAAGAGUUUCUCCCUGUAAAAGAAAGUUCACUAGAUCUGGUAAUCAGUUGCUUGGGACUUCACUGGACAAAUGACCUUCCUGGAGCUAUGAUACAGUGUAAAUUGGCGCUGAAGCCAGAUGGCCUAUUUUUAGCAGCUAUUCUGGGUGGAGAGACCUUGAAGGAAUUGAGAAUAGCAUGCACAGCAGCUCAAAUAGAGCGUGAAGGAGGCAUCAGUCCUCGAGUAUCACCUUUGGCACAAGUCCGGGAUGCAGGCAAUCUCUUAACCAGGGCAGGCUUCACUCUUCCAGGCGUUGAUGUUGACGAAUAUGUAGUUAGGUAUAAAAGUGCUCUAGAGCUGAUAGAGCAUCUGCGUGCAAUGGGUGAAACUAGUGCUCUUCUGCAAAGGAAUAAUAUCCUAGAGCGAGGAACAGCCCUGGCUGCUGCAGCAAUUUACGAUUCAAUGUUUGCGGCUGAAGAUGGGACCAUACCUGCAACAUUUCAGGUUAUUUACAUGACUGGGUGGAGGGAACAUCCUUCUCAGCAGAAGGCCAAAAGAAGGGGAUCUGCCACCAUAUCAUUCCAGGACAUCCAUAAACAAUUCGGAGACCGUAGCUAACACCAUCACAUCUUUGAAAAGCAUCCGAGGCUCUUCUUUCAUUAUCAUGUUUGCAUUUGCAGUCUGUUCUCCACAGUUUCUGCUUUAAUCCUAUUUGGACGGGAGGAAGUAAAAGAAUUAGGACCAUCAGAUAGUUUCAUAAGCUGUAGGGUUUUCUUUCUUGAAUCACUUGAAAAGAUAAAGGUUACAUCUCAUUGUUGUUGCGGGGCUAUUAUGUGCUUCUCCAUGCAUGCAGCAACUUACAGUUGUGGAAAACCUAGGGCAAACAUUUAGUCAAAAAAUUAAAAUACCAUAAGCGCAGUAUAUUUAAUGCACUGCUACUGCACAUGAAAACCCUAAAUUUUAUAGUUUACCAGACAUAUUUGUUCCUCUAUUAUGCAUGCAGAGCUUAUGGUAUGGUUACCUCAACUUUGCCCUUCGA